AUGGAUAGAAUAUCAUUCUUGGGAUACAACACACCAACCGAAGUAAAGAAUGUGUUGCCUAUACUAGCUAAAAUAGAACAAUCCUACUGUAGACAGAUCGUAUCAUUGGUUGUAUCAUACCUCAAAGCAAAGAAAAUAGACAGCAAUCAACAAGAAUAUCAAAAGUUUAAUCAAAUCACAAAAGAGAUUCACGAUAAACUAUCAAUAGCUUCACAACAACAACAAACACAACAAACACAACAACAAGAUGAUCAAUCAUCAAUAUUAUUCACUGGUAUCUAUUAUAUAUUAAAGUUGGCAAUCAAGACAAAGGUUUCUGUAGAAUACUUUAUUACAGAUUUAACAGAACUCAAGAUACCAUCAACCAUUUUAACAGAUUUACAAAAAGUUUACACAAAUAUUCGUAAAGAAUUAAUCGAUAAAGUGUUGAGUGAUAAGAUUCUAUUCCCACAAUUGGAAACCUUAAAAUGGAGAGUAGAUGUCAUCAUUAGCAGUAGUUUUACAUCUCGUAUUCUUCAUCCCAUCAUUUUAAUGGAAACUACCGAUACCAAAGGAAACAAGAGAACAUUUGAAGUUAGUGUCGAUAUGUUCCAUAAACUCAGAUACAAUGUAUCAAAAGUAUUAAAAGAUAUGGAAGAUUUGGAUCAAUUACCAAUUUUGAAAAUUGAUAAAUAA